CUAACAGGCCAUUGUCUUCUUGGUCGUGCGCCACCUCACAUCUUGGACUGACCUAAAGACUGUAUUGUCACCCAAAUCGAGGUACUGGCAGAAUCCAGAUCCGGGUCAGGAUGUGCCUCGCCAUAUCAUCACCGGGCGACGGCGUCGUGGUGCACAAACACGAAGCGGCUGAGAGAAUCACCAGAAUAAUACCAAACAGCAAUGGAUCCAAAUCAACGCCGGAACGAUCUCUCACCUGGAGAGGAUCAGUUGAAGAACUCCUCGGCUUUCGAGUGGAAGAAAUUCCGACAUCUGAAAGCUGGUGGCUGACAAAGAUCCACCCGGACGACCUCUUUGAUGUGGUCAACAGUCUUUCCAGGAUAUUGGCUCCAGCUCCCGACAGGCCUUAUGCUUCAGAAGCCAGGAUAUGGGCGCACAAUUAUCGAUUUCGACAUGCCAAUGGACAAUUCUUGUUGGUUUCUGAGCGGUCAAUCGUAGACAGAGACGAAGGUGGCAAUGUGCUUAGCAUGACGAGCACAAUUUUUGAUGCCGAGAAGCGAAGAGUUGAAAGAAAAGCACACAGAGAAUUCUUGGAUUCAAGAAAUCAAUUCGCCCUGAUUUCGAACAAUACGCCUUCUGGUAUCUGGAUGAUGGAUCCCCAUGGAUAUACGACAUACAUGAACAAAGCUGCAGAGUCUAUUACGGGAUUCAAAUUUGAAGAGAUUGCAGGCUGGACAUUCCACGCGGCAAUACAUAGCUGCAAACCGGAUGGCAGCCCCUACCCAGUGGCCGAGUGUCCCAUAUUUCGACACCAGCAGAGUGGUACCGAGGCCACAAACGAGUCAGAGGUCUUUGUCCACAAAAACGGGCGCUUUUAUGACAUCGAAUACAGUGUAUCUGCGAUAGGAGACUAUGCGAGCGGUGGCGCGGUCAUCGAAUUUCGAGAUGUGACCUCGCAGAAGAGACUAGAGAAAGAACGACUAGCUGCUAUCGUCCAGAACGAGCAACAAUCUGUGCUUAUCAAGGCGUCGGAAAAUCAUAAAGCCAACAUGGCUUCCUUCGUUUCAUUCGUAUGCCACGAGCUGAGAAAUCCGCUCCAAGGUAUCAUAAGCUCUAAUGAAUUCCUAUCUGAGACUCUGGAGAAAUUGGACGCUCUGAUGAACAGCAUCAAUCAUAAUGGCCAAGAGACAGAUGCUGCAGCGAAGACGAAUGGUUACACAAACGAGAGUAGAAGUCAAUCGACAACUCAGCCAAGAGCACUGGAUGAUCCAACCAUCGAAGCCAUGCGUGGUCUCAUAACAUAUGCUCGAGAGCUUGUCUCGAAUGUUGCCACGUGCGCAAGUCACCAGGCUCUUAUCACAAAUAACGUCUUGGAUCUGAGUAGGCUCGAUGCUGGAAAGGUAGAGCCGUCGUACGAUAUCGUUGAUCUACGUGCUCUGUCGAGCGAGGCUGUGGAGAUGAUGGCAUCGAGAGCACGCGUGAAAUCGAUCAAUCUGCGACUUGCUAAUAAUGAUGCUUCGCCUUUGUAUCUGAAGGCUGAUUCGACCUUGAUGUCUCAAGUUAUGCUGAACUUGAUUGGCAAUGCUGUCAAGUUCACUCCCGAGAAUGGUAACAUCGUGAUCGACAUACACUGCGAGCCUGCAGACGACAAAGGCAACAUUGUCUUCCAUGGCUCAGUAACAGACGACGGCGUAGGUAUGACCAAAGAAGAGCAACAGAGACUUUUCAAGCGAUUUUCACAAGCCAACAAACGAGUUGCCCAAACAUACAAAGGCUCUGGCCUAGGUCUCAGUAUCAGCAAAGAAAUCGUCAAGGUGUUAGGUGGCGAUAUGACUGUCAAGAGUACCCCAGGAGCUGGCAGUACUUUUGGCUUCUUCACCAUGCAUGACUAUCCAACCAAGGAUGAACUGACUGCAUUCUUGAGAUCGGGCAACGGUGUCACAGCCGUCGCUACAGAUCUAGAGAAGUUCGAAAUCAGUACUUCAGAGACGAUAGCACCACCUCCCAGGUUUAAGAAAAUAUGUGUGGCGGAAGACAAUCCGAUCAACUUGCGUCAUUUGGCCAAAAAUUUGGAGGCUCUGGGCUACGAAAUACCGGUUCUAUGCACCAAUGGCAAGGAAGCGCUAGACAGCUUCACCCAGCCAGACUCGGAUAUUGACGCAGUCAUCAUCGACAUGAGCAUGCCCAUCAUGGACGGCCUAGAAGCAACGCGACUAAUGCGCGAACACGAGAAAACCCAGAACCCUGCUCGCAAACGCAUACCAAUCAUCGCUCUAUCAGGAAAUGCAAUGAAAGAGCAAGUCCAAGAAGCCAUGACGGCAGGGACAAGUGAUUACAUGAUCAAGCCUUGCAAAAGAGCUCAGCUGAAGAUGAUGCUUGAGCAUUGGGAACGUAUCUCGCAUGAUGGAUCUGUUCAUACGCCGUUGGUUGUCAAGUGAAGAAACUCUUGUCUUGGUCGGCUUGACAAAACGACGUUUGCAUCAGACAACCGGUGGCCAGCAUCGAUAACCAGCUAUCCAUCUACAUAGGUUUAUGACCGUGGUCCUCAUGGACCUAAGUCACAAACGGCUACGCCAUUCCGGACCAUUCCGGCGAUUCUAGACGCAUGCUACCUCUGAGGCAGCAUAGCUAAUGCCUCCGUCCUCAUGCUUGGGCGGACAAGAGACGAUCGCCGACCGGUUGCCAGGGGUUCAACAGGGCUCAAAGAACGAUAUGGGAAUUAGCGGGUCAAACUAGAGCGCCAGAGCAAAGACAAGGACCGCUUUGCCUUGACAGGCAGUCAAUCUCGAGUUCAUUUUAAUCCGUAGACAGAAUAGCGGACAGUGCAUCAACUAAUUGAAUCCGCCGGAGAUGCAGAUCUACAGCCCCACC